AAGCAUUCAAAAGCUUACUAGAGCUAGAUAAACAAUUUGUUUUAUUUAUAAACUAAUAAACAAUUCCAUUUUGCUAUUUAAUAACUCUAGAUCAAUAAUUGAAUUUUAGAUUUUUUUCUAUCACAAGAAAUGCCUAAAAAAGAACUGGCUCUGGGUAGGAGCUUAAUUAAAGCUCAUAAACGGAAGAAAAAUAUCGUGGUUAAGGAUGGUUAUAGGCAUACUAGUGACCUUCUUGAUGGAAGAGACUUCAACCGCUUAGAUUUAAAAAGCGUUACAGAGCAAACUUCCUUAGAUGAUUUUCUUUCAACCACUGCAUUAGCUGAAAAUGAUUUUAAUGCGGAAUUCUCAGAUGUUAAGCUUAUACAAAAUCUUGCAUCUAGUGCAGUGCUAUCAGAAGAGGAAAAACAUUUAAUUUCAUUGGCUCAAGAGGAAAAUAAAGAUGUAUUGUGUAUUCCUCGUCGGCCGUCUUGGGAUGAAAAUACAUCGAAGGCAGAAUUAGAUGCGCAGGAACGAGAAGCUUUUCUCACCUGGAGACGUAAACUUGCAAUGAUUCAGGAGCAAGAACAUUUAAACCUGACACCAUUUGAAAAGAAUUUAGAAGUGUGGCGUCAACUAUGGCGAGUGAUUGAAAGAAGCCAUGUUAUUGUUCAAAUCAUAGAUGCUCGAAAUCCAUUACUUUUUCGUUGCCAUGAUUUAGAAACUUAUGUUAAAGAAGUGGAUGAAAAUAAAAUAAAUGUUCUAUUGCUGAAUAAAGCUGACUUUCUAACUGAAUCAGAAAGACAAUGUUGGAGUGAUUACUUUGAAAAAAAUGGCAUACAAGUUGCAUUUUUUUCAGCACUGCAGCAAAUUGAAAGAGCAGAAGAUCAUGAAGCAGAAAAUUCUGUGGAUGAUGAAAAUUCAAAUAUUGAAAUUGAUCUGCAUAAAGUCAAAAACAGCACGAAAGUGUUAUCAAGAGAAGAACUAAUCAACUUUCUAAAGGCUGUUACCAAAAUUCAUAAUAUUUCUGCUCAAAGACCUACAGUGGGCCUGGUUGGUUAUCCUAAUGUUGGUAAGAGUAGCACAAUUAACGCCAUCCUGAUGAGCAAAAAAGUAUCUGUGUCUGCUACUCCUGGUAAAACUAAACAUUUUCAGACUUUUAUAAUUGAUGAAGAUUUGUGUCUGUGUGAUUGUCCUGGCUUGGUUUUUCCAAAUUUCGUGUCCACAAAAGCAGAGAUGGUUAUCAAUGGUAUACUUCCAAUUGAUCAGCUAACAGAAUGGAAUCAACCUGUUUCUCUGGUGACUAAUUUAAUUCCUCGUCAAUUGUUGGAAUCUUCAUAUUCCCUGUUGAUUCCUAGUACUGGGGAAAAAGGAAGAGACACAAUACCAACUGCAGAAGAAUUUUUAAAUGCUCAUGGAUAUAGCAGAGGUUACAUGACAUCAAGAGGUCUUCCCGAUAAUGCCCGUUCAGCACGUUACAUAUUGAAGGAUUUUAUCAAUGGGAAGUUGUUGUACUGUUUCGCCCCUCCUGGUAUUAAACAAGAAGACUAUCAUAAGUUUGAAAUGAAAGCUAAGAAAAUUUCGCACCAGAAUGUUCCAAAAGAAAAUGAAGUCCUUGAAAAAAAAGAAACACUAAGUGCAGCAGACAAGAAAUUUUUUGCUCAAGCUCAUUUGAAAUCUAAAGGAAGUAUAGGAAGUCAAGAUGGUGGCUCUGGGAGUAAACCUUGGAAAAAGCAUAACAAUAGAAAUAAAAAAGAAAAAUUGAGAAGGGUCUAUCAUAACCCAUAUGAGUAGCAAUGUAAAAAUAAUUAAAUUGCUUGUUAUGUUUGUAAAUAAAUUUUAUAAAUAAAAGGAACAGUGAUGGCUUGUA